GGGCUUGGGCGGCUCCUGAGCGGGCGGUGGCGGCCACUGAAGCCGUUCCUCAGUACCCCGCGGAUGCCGCGGCGCCAGUCCAAGAUCAUGGCUCCCUAGAACCCUCGGGCAGGGUUGGGGUGGGGACGGGACCGGCCAUGUCUGAGGUGACCCGGAGUCUCCUGCAGCGCUGGGGCGCCAGCUUCAGGAGGGGCGCCGACUUCGACUCGUGGGGGCAGCUGGUGGAAGCGAUAGACGAGUACCAGAUAUUAGCAAGACACCUUCAGAAAGAAGCUCAGGCUCAACAUAAUUCGGAAUUCACAGAAGAGCAAAAGAAGACCAUUGGUAAAAUUGCAACAUGCUUGGAAUUACGAAGUGCAGCCUUACAGUCCACACAGUCUCAAGAUGAAUUUAAACUGGAGGACCUGAAAAAGCUAGAACCAAUCUUAAAGAAUAUUCUUACUUAUAAUAAGGAGUUCCCCUUUGAUGUUCAGCCUGUCCCAUUAAGAAGAAUUUUAGCACCUGGUGAAGAAGAAAAUUUGGAAUUUGAGGAUGAUGAUGAAGAGGGUGGUGCUGGAGCAGGGUCUCCAGACUCCUUCCCUGCUAGAGUUCCAGGUACUUUAUUACCAAGGUUGCCAUCUGAACCAGGAAUGACGUUACUCACUAUCAAAAUUGAGAAAAUUGGUCUGAAAGAUGCGGGGCAGUGCAUUGAUCCCUAUAUUACAGUUAGUGUAAAGGAUCUGAAUGGCAUAGAUUUAACCCCUGUGCAAGAUACUCCUGUGGCUUCAAGGAAGGAGGAUACCUAUGUUCACUUUAAUGUGGACAUUGAACUUCAGAAACACAUUGAAAAAUUAACCAAAGGUGCAGCUAUUUUCUUUGAAUUCAAACACUAUAAGCCUAAAAAAAGGUUUACCAGCACCAAAUGUUUUGCUUUCAUGGAGAUGGAUGAAAUUAAACCUGGGCCAAUUAUAAUAGAACUAUACAAGAAACCCACUGACUUUAAAAGAAAGAAACUGCAGUUGUUGACCAAGAAACCACUUUAUCUUCACCUCCAUCAAACUUUGCACAAGGAAUGACCAUGGCAUGUAUUAUCCUGAAACUUCAGUGAUCUGAACCCUUCACUACAAAAUCAUGGUAGCUGUAUGUAGCACAUCCUUCAGUAGGCUCCUAGGAAACCAGCCCUCCUCCUCAUGCCAACAAAUGAAAAGUGAGAUCCGUUCUACAGCUGUACCACAGAAAUGUUCACAGCCCUGCCCAUCACUGGAGGCCAGAACUACAGCAUUCAUUCAUAAAAAAAUUCCUUUGGCCUACAGGUUUUUCCAUAGAUUUAAAAAAAUCUUCAAAUUGUGUAAAGGGUAACGGUUAAGUUUUAAAUUUACUCACUAUAGGAAAACAACACCAGAGGCAGCCAAGAAAAACUAACCUCCUUGCAGGAUUUACUCCCCUAAUUCACUUUUGCUUCAGUACACUCCUUUGAAUCCGUGUGUUUAUUUCCAGGUCUCUAUUGCUUUGUGUUAAGAGUAGGAAGAGAGCAGUACAAGAGAAAUUUGCCAGGUACCAGAAUUGGUAAACUUGUAUAUGGUUUAUGGUUUGUGGUUUAUACCCGGGGUAGUAGCUCACCACUUAUCCUUACCAGGUGAUUGGUUAUGGGGAGACUUCAGAAGAAUUCAUAACUUUACUAUGAACAUAGUUGAAAUCUCAUUGGGAUUAUUUCCAUAUUUCAGUAGCACCAAAAGACUUGAGCUUAAAAUUAUUUGAAUUAGCUGUAUUCUUUUUAGAUAUUUUAAGGAAAUGGUCAUCUAGGUUUUUUUCUUAUUUAAAGCUCUUCCUCAGCCAAUAGUGAUUCUAGAAUGACAAAUAAAAAUAAAUAGAACCUAGAUGGUGUCUAAAUAAUUUAGGUUUUUGGGACAGUGUUCAGCUACUAUAGAAUGGUUGAAAAAAAACCUUUUGUACAUUUCUAAGACAUCUCAUCCAAAAAGAUUGAAUUCAAUCAGCUCCCAUAAGAGACCUUGCAGGAGUAACUUGCUGCUUUUUCUGAAAACUGAUUGUGAAUCCUUUUAAAACCUGCAUACCUCUUAGAGCAAUUUGUAUGCAAGUCUGAAAAGUUCAUCUAAAUUUUGUUUCUGAGAUAGAUAGCUAGGAUUACCAUUUAUUUUCUAUUCAGAUGUAUUAAAGUCAUCUCUAUGAAAAGAUGCAGGUCAUUAGCAUAUAAUUUUAAUAUCUACAUAAUUUUUUACUUAAUAAAGGGACAUGAAUAAACCCAAGCAGACUUUUCGUAUACAUAAUAGGUGGGAUAUUUAAUACAGUAAGGUCUGUGCUGUGCUUUAUGUGGAUUAUAUGUAGUAUGCACAAACUUUCAUAUGCACUUGUAUAAUAGUUGUUUUUUUAAUCCAGCACAGGUGAAAGCAUUGUCAAUACUCGCUUUUUUAUUGUAUAAUCAUUCAUAUACCACUCGGCUCAUUUGCUUUCUGUACCUCAUAAUUCUAACCAGUUGUAUAACAAUUUUAUUAGGUAAAUUCAACAAAAAAAUUCCGUUUAUCCCCUCCUGCCCUAAGGAAUAUAUUCUUCGCUUUUAGUUCUCCCUUUUGAUUAGUACAUGCCAAAUAGACAGUUAUAAACUAACUAAAUCACCAAUAGUUGAUGAUAAAAUGUCUCCCUUUCCUCAAUCUUAUUUGAAAAGAGCUCUUGCAUUUUGAGCUAACAAAUUUCUUGAUUUUAAACUCAAAAGCAGGUAUUCACAUUAUUUUCAAAUAAUGUAAGAUUCCUUUAGUGCUAUGAAUGCUUUAAGUAUGCAGUAAAUCUUGAUGAUGAGAUCUAAAAACCAUCCCUAAAAUAACCUAAAAUUGAUGAAAAUGUAAUAAAAAUGUCAUUUCGUUUUCCUUCAAAUAAAAUUAAAGAAACAUGCAAGUAA